UACGAGAUGUGCUUAUGUUAAACUAUUUCAAGGAAACCUCUGCCAAGUUAUCAGUAAUACUUCAAAAUGUUUCGGAUAUAGCUAUUACAUGUGACUUGUGGACAUCAAGUGCCAAUGCUAGUUUUUUGACUGUGACGGGUCAUUUUGUUUAUAAUCACGAAUUAAAAACAGCAUCAUUGGCUACGAAAAAACUGUUAAGCACAACUAAUCACUGUUCGCAAAACAUUGCAGAUACAUUGCGAUAAAUAUUUAUUGAUUGGAACAUCCUCAAUAAAACGGUAUGCAUUGUAACAGAUAAUGCCAGCUCCAUGCUUAAGGGGUUAUACGCAGUUAUGAAGCAAAUAAAAGACGGGUUGUCAAGGAUUUAUCCUGAAGAAACUUCAGAAUAUUUUAAUUUGAAAAUUUUUGGCGGUUAUAAAAGCAUCCUUCAAGAACGUAACAAAAUUUUUUAUUUAUGAAAAUGUUGAUUAUUGAGCGCGCUGCAGGCGAUUUCUGGAACCUCCUUUAAAAAAAGACGAUUUACGGUGUACAUCGUAACUCAGGAUUGGAUUAUCUGAAAUCAAAAAACCAAACAAAUUUUGUUAAUAUAUUAGAUUAUCUAGUAAUUAAUCGUUCGGCUAAUCAAAAUAGUGAAUUUUCACAAAAUGGCAGCUUUUAAAAGAAAUGAUUUCGAUUUUUACGUUAAAAUUUGGCCGUAAAUUGAUUAUAAAAUGGAAAAUAAGUAUCAGAUUUACAAAAGGAACGAUUAAUUACUAGAAAAUGUAUCUUUAAAGAUUGAGUUAAAACGGUUGACCGAUCAAACAAGCCGUUUUCGAGAUAUCGUGUACACCGACUUGAAAAAUGCUGUUUUGAAAAAAACACGUUUAAAGUUUCAAUACCUACCUUAAAACGUGCCGAGGCAUCUCUACAUAUUUAGGUAUAACUCCGAAAGUAUUGCUUAGAUCUACUUCAAAUUUCGUGCGUAUACUUUUGAAUAUAUGUACAUUACAAAAAUGCAAUAAAAAAAAUCGAUUUUUUUGAAAGUCAUAACUGCGUAUAACCCCUUAAAGCAUGUGAAAUAUUGCAAAUUAGCAAUUUGCGAUGCUUUGCGCACACUAUUAAUCUGGUGGUGCAAGAUGCUUUAAAAGUUGAUGACGUAGUACUUCAAGAUUUAUUUACUAAGUGUAAAUCAAUUGUUCGAUUCUUUAAAAAAAGCACUAUAGUGAAUGAAAAAUUUAAAUUAGCUCGAGAAGUCUCGGCGUAUACUUUGUUGCAAGAAACACCCACUAGAUGGAAUAGUUUCUAUUUCAUGAUUGAGCGUAUUUUAGAAACGAACGAUACCAUUGCCAAAGUCUUAUUAUCAACGACAAAUGCACCGCAGCCAUUUACUGCUAAGGAAAUACUUGCGCUAAAAGAUAUUGAAAAGGUAUUGGCUUUCUUUCAGCAAGCAAGUGAGAAAAUUUCUGGUGGAAGGUAUGUAACCAUAUCGCUAAUUAUACCCAUGGCAUAUGGACUUUUCCGCAAAAUCGAUAGUGUUUCACCUCUGCUACAAACUUUGCAAGGCAAAACUAUGACAAAAAUAUUAAUGGAGUCAAUAAAGAAACGCCUUUCCAUAUAUGAGCAAAGGACAGUCUGCAUGAUGGCUACGCUAUUGGAUCCACGCUUUAAAAAAAAUGGAUUUCAACACAGCUCAAACGCUGAACUAGGAGCAACAUUUUUUGAAAAUGAACUAGCAAAAUACCCCGUCAAAGAGUCCCUAAUUAAUCUGCCCGUCGCACCGGAUACAAGUUCCCAGGACUCUUUGUUUGAUUUUUUGGGUGAGCGAUCGAUGAACAAAGUUGGAAACUCACGAGUGGAUGCAAUCCUGACUAAAAGGCAAUAUCCGGAGAGGGCAAUUGCCGCUCAAGAUAUGGACCCUCUGUUAUGGAUGAAGGUGAAUCAAACUGAAUUUCCCUCUAUUGAAAGGCUGUUUUGCAAAUAUCUUUGCAUUCCCGCUACGUCCGUAGAAUCCGAAAGAACUUUCAGCAAGGCGGGCCAAAUUAUUUCAGAGAGGCGAACCCGACUCAAAGAAAAAAGUGUUAACAUUCUUUUAUUUUUGAACUGUAACUUUUGGUUAAAAUAAACUAUAAUUUUCUUGUAUUCAUUUAAAAUAAAUUUGUUUGUCGGGCUAUACUAUCGAUGGAGCUAUCGACACUAUCGAUGGCACUAUCGACACUAUCGAUGGUUCAAAAUUAACUAUCGUCGAAUAUUGAUGGCGCCCACUAUCGA